UAGACAUGUUCUUAUCCCUAUUGAGUCAAUAUCUCCCUUGCAGCAGCCCGGUCACGUCACCCAAGGCACAGCCUGAGGAAAACCCUAACACGACGUAGCCUUUCAUGGGUCAGACACAUUCUCUGCUGAACUCUUCCAACAUAACAAUGGUUUACCAGAUCCAAUCAUGCUUGAACCAGCAGAUCACCCCUCAAACAUGGAUCGAAGAGUCCGUUUGUUUCGUUUCGGCGAACAUGUGUCGGUCACAAGUGAUUACUGGCCAUAAAGCUGUUGGUGUUCAUCUAGUACCCGUACAAUUCCCCGUUUGUGUAUCCCAUCCUGCUUGUGGGCCUUUCGAGCCGAAAUGGGUUGCAUGAGGGUAGCAGCUCUCAGCAUCCUGGCAACUCUGACCCUCGCCUGGCUGCCGUCGAACAAGAGGGUAACCUCUAGCAAUGGAACUGACCUCUUUGCCCCCUCGGGCGGUAAGAUUCGAGGGGUGAACUUGGGUACCCAGUUCGUGUUCGAACCCUGGAUCGCCAUGCAGGCCUGGUCUGAGAUCGGCUGCGAAGGGGAGCAGUCCGAAUACGACUGUGUGGCGAAGCUGGGGCAGGCGGCAGCCAACGACGCUUUCGCCGAACACUGGAGCUCAUGGGUUACCAAGGAUGACAUCGAUGAGAUGCAAAGCUACGGUCUGAACACGAUCCGCAUACCCGUCGGCUACUGGAUGAAGGAGGAUCUCAUCUACUCUGACAGCGAGUAUUUCCCGCAGGGCGGAUAUGAUUACCUCGAGCAACUAUGUGGAUGGGCUAGUGAUGCGGGUCUGUACAUCAUCAUCGACCUGCAUGGGGCCCCUGGUGCGCAGGUGGCGAAGAAUGCCUUCACGGGCCAGUUCGCCGACACGCCUGGGUUCUAUGUUGAUUUUCAAUAUGCCCGGGCACUAGAGUUCCUCGAGUGGAUGGCGACCAACAUCCACACCAAACAUAACUUCCGGAAUGUGGGAAUGUUGGAGGUUGUCAACGAGCCAGUGCAGAAUCCCGAUACCACAGCCUCCCUGCGCUCCCGCUAUUACCCCGAUGCUUUCAAUACCAUCCGCGGGGUGGAGCGAGAACUCGACAUUGACCGAGAAAACUACUUGCAUAUCCAGAUGAUGGACAGUGUCUGGGGUGCUGGGGAUCCGCACGAGCAUCUCACCGAUGACUACUACGCGGCCUACGACAAUCACCGGUAUAUUAAGUGGGAUGCGGGCGUGGCGGUGUCUAAGGAGAACUAUAUAAAGACCUCCUGCAACGACAAGGUGGCGGCCAACUGGCCCGCUAUCAUCGGCGAAUGGAGCCUGAGCGUCCCGGAUGAUGUGCAGGAGAGCCCGGAAUGGGAGCCAUAUAGCAACCAGGAUUUCUACAAGAAAUGGUUCGCUGCACAGGUGCAGACGUACGAGAAACAGCAGGGCUGGAUCUUUUGGACUUGGAAGACACAGCUGGGGGAAUACCGGUGGUCAUAUCGAGAUGGGGUGGCCGCGGGAGUAAUCCCAACCGAUCUCAACUCGGCGUUGAACGAAGAGGUGUGCAGAUGAGUGGUUGAGGGCAUACAAAUGCUACGAGGGACGAUAGUAGCAGGAAACGAUAAUAAUUACUACGAUACGAACCGUACACCCGGCUUAAAGAUGGG